UCCAGAGCGACGGGCUGACUGCAACUAGCGGCAGGCAGGCAGGCUCGUCUUGCCUUUUGUUAGCCAUAGCUUGGAAAACGCCAAGGAAAAGACAGAGCCGCAUCCAUGCAGUAGCACACUUUUAUUGGAAAAUGAUCAUCUGUACGAGUAAAAUGGAGUACCCCCUGAGAACCCAGUGUCAGCGCGUGCACAAACAGGUGAUGGUGAACGGAGAGAAGGAGCGCGUGUCGCUGCUGUUCAUGAAGGCUCUGGUCAGCAGGGGCAGCGUGGACGCCGUGUCGCAGCAGAUGGCCUCUCACCCGCAGUACUUGGAGAGCUUCCUGCGCACACAGCACUACAUCCUGCACAUGGACGGGCCCCUGCCGCUGCCGUACCGCCAUUACAUCGCCAUCAUGGCUGCAGCACGACAUCACUGCAACUACCUGGUGUACCUGCACUCAGCCCAGUUCCUGAGGGUGGGCGGGGACCCUGUGUGGCUGCAGGGUUUGGAGGCAGCCCCCCCUCGACUUCGUCUGCUUGACCACAUCAACAAAGUGCUGGCCCACCAACCCUGGCUCACUGCCUGCUCACACAUCCAGGCGCUGCUGAAGGCAGGCGAGCAGUGCUGGUCUCUGGCGGAGCUGGUGCAGGCCGUGGUGAUCCUCGCUCACUGCCACUCCCUCUGCAGCUUUGUGUUUGGAUGUGACACAGACUCAGACCCUGCCUCUCUCUCCAAGUCUCCUAACGGCACCCCGCCCACCUUCUGCCCCUUCGAUGCUGCCAACGGCAACGCCAACGUGCCUCAGACGCUCGCCACUCCCUCCGAACACAUAACUCGAAGACGGUCUCUGGACUCCAGCUGUGACAUGGUGUGUCUGAAGGAGAAGAUUCAGAAGUCUCAGGAGGAGCGAGAGAAGAGAGAAGAGCGGCUGCUGCAGACACAAGCACUCCAGCAAACAGACAUGGAAGAAGAGGAGGAGAUGAUAUGCUUUGCAGACCCGACACGUUUCAUCACAGACCCCGACUUAUGCUACCAGGAGUUUGCUCGCAGAGAGGAGGACCACUUUCAAGUAUUUAGAGUUCAGGACUAUUCAUGGGAGGACCACGGCUUCUCCUUAGUCAACAGGUUGUACUCGGACAUCGGCUACCUCUUGGACGACAGAUUCAGGAGCGUGACGACCCUCCCCUCGAUGCACAGCCCCGACCUGAAGAGGGCCAUCUGGAACUACAUCCACUGCGUGUUAGGAAUACGGUACGAUGAUUAUGAUUAUGGAGAAGUGAACCAGUUGCUGGAGCGGGAUCUGAGGCUGUACAUCAAGUCUGUGGCCUGCUUUCCAGACGCCACCAAAACUCCAGUGUGUCCGCUCAGUCUGGCUCCGCUCAAACCUUCAGAGCGGAUACACGUGAACCUGCUCAUCAUGGAGGCCCGGCUGCAGGCGGAGCUGCUCUACGCGCUGAGAGCCAUCACUCAGUACAUGAUCGCAUGAGCGCUCGGAGAGGCACCGAGCUAAAUAACUCUCCGCCGGUACAGAGAGACGCAAGGAUGAAGAAAUCUCAACAGCAGACGGUGGGACGAGAGGGACACUUUUAGGGACACAGAGCUCAUGGUUUUGUAGCUGUGUCUCAUGAAUGUGCUUUUCUGUUUCUCAGAUGUAAUGUAUUUAUACCAUAGUGUGCCACGCCCCCCUCCUCACGCAGAUUCUCCUGUUGUGAAGUCCUCUCAUCAGACAUCUCGGCUCUCAAACAUUAUGUGCAAUUAUUCCUAGAGAUGUUUUAAUGUGUACCUUUUUGUUUUGUGUUCAUUCUGUACGAAGCUGCUCGGUAGUAGCAGUGUUACAGCGUCCAACACUCCCCUUAGUUUGAUCGGUCUCCUUUUUGUAUUAACUAUGCUUUCCCCAAAAAAUAUCGUUUUGUACACGUUGAAUGUUAACGGGAGACCAGGUUAUUUUUGUUGACAAUCCUCGUCAGUGUUGGAGGAGGACAGUGAGUGGACCGUGAAGGACGACCGUUUUGCCCUCCCUAACAUUUCGUAUUAAUGCUGGUCAAGAACAAACACCACAGUGACACUGCUGGAAGUUAUCACAUCACUAUAGUUUCUUUUAAUAAGCACUUUUUUAAACUUUAUAUAUUUAUAAUGCAAGGUAAUAGUAGACAUUGAGACGCACGGUGUGUGUGUCUGACGCCUUUCUUCUCGACUAUGACGUGUAACAAAUAUUUUAGACUGUUUGUCGUGUAACUUUCAAAUUAGCUUUUGUUCUCAACCCCAGAUUACAGUGAAUUAUUGCUCUACUUGUUACGUUCACGUCAGCGCUGACACACAGAAGGAUUUUGAAGAUAAUAAUGUUUUCAAAACAUAAUUUACGCCUGAUAAGGAAACGUGUAACUAAACUUAGGAAGUCAUUGAGGAUUAAGCUGAGCCAUUUGCUAAAUGAUUGUUUUUUGCGCUUCAGAAGUGAUCAAAUCAGAGACUGAAUUUCAGACCAAAGGUCAUUAAAGAAACAUAUUGAAGGAUUGGAUGGAUGGAAAAUUCCCAGUCGAUCUGCACUGGUCAUGAGUUGAGUUCAGACGUUCUGCUCAAAGCUUUGUGUUCAAGCUUUUUUUGUGAGCUGUAGCAAAGCUGAUUAUCAAGUAGAAAUCCACGGUACAAUUUGCAAAGCAGAACAAUGUGCAAACUAUUCGUUGAAAUACUUGUAUCUUGUUUUCUGUCUUUUUUAUUUUUAUAGUUUUUGUUUCUGGGUAGGACCUGCAUGUUGUGCUGCAGCUCAGGUAGACGUAGAGUUUUGACAGACUUUAGAAUUAGUAGCUGCAGGAUGUAGAAAAUAAACAAGUGCAUAUCGAGCAUGUCAAGCAAAGCGCUGAUAACACAGGUGCCUUCAGGAUACAGCUGGAUGCUGCUGAAGUGGAGGGGUGUGACUACUGGAGGCUGGAUGUGGGCUCUGGUGGCAGCUGGGAAACCUUUUAAAACACGGGUUUAAAAAGUCCCUGCAUGAACGGGAACUGUUUUUUCUUGGCGUUUGUCAGUGUGUGUCCUCUAUCAGACACCUGGGAGCCCCAGCAACUCAGCAAAGAGCCUUUGACACAGAUGGAUGUUAAACAUGUUCAACUUGAGCAGAUAAAAAAUAAAGGAUAAUUAUCUUUAAAAAAACAAGAAACUUCUUAAAAAAAAGAGAACAAGUGAAAAAGCAAAAAACUGUUUUUUGAAAAUGUGAAGAAAUGUUUUCUAUAAAGAUGCUCUAUGAAAAUAAA